ACGUUGUGAUACUGAGGCGGCGUGAACAUCCCUGCCUCCACCGAGUUGUGAGACCCGGUUAAGCGUUGCAUCGUUCUCAUAAAAAUAGCAUCAUUCAGGUAGUCGAAAUUGCGAGGAGAUCAUGUUCGGAGCCGUGCAAGGAGGCGUUGGAGGAGUCGGAGGAGCAGCGCCAUUUUCCAAUCCUUCCUCACACCCCUCGUCGGUCGAGGGACUCAAGAGUCGCGGCAGCGUGCAGCGUAGCAAACGCGAGCGGCACUCUACAUUGGCAGCGCCAUUCAAAGACGACUCAAGGCUGAUAGCACUACGGUAUGAUCAAACCAUCGCCUUAGAGCCCCCGAUUCCUCUGCCGCCCCCUCGUUCACCCCGGCGACCGCCCCCUCGUGCCUCCUCCCUCAAUCUCACAAGGCCUGCUGGGGUCACAAACUCACCUAUUGUCGUGCCUCCUCCCAUUCCGCCUCCCCGUCCUCCGCCGCCAACUGAGCAGCAUCCCGCUCUACGCACCAUCAGUACGCCCCGGACCUUUGACAGUCACGGAAGGAGAGAUUCUGUGCACGCAUCAAUAUCUUCUCACUCGUAUGGCUCAUACGUAAAUGCCUAUUACAGGGAGAACAGCAGCGACGAGGACGAGGACCCUUUUGCCUACGAGAAAUACGGCGCGGUGUCCGGAGUGCAGCCGCUUCGAUUAAAGUCCAAUUCAGUUGGCUCGUCGAUAUACUCAUAUUACGAACGGGACUCUGGCUUCAGCCAAGAACAGAGCCGGGGCUACGUGCGACACGGAGAGAAGACCAGGAGAAAAGAAGGCACGCACGGGCGAGCGCGAGAACGAGAACGGGAACGGGAACGAGAGCAGGAGCAGGAGCGGGAACGGGGGCAGGAGCGAGUCAGCGAAGCAGACAGCAGGCCCAGCGAGUCGUCAUUGUCGCCUGCACUUUCCGUCGGCAGCACAGCGUCGCCGGUAUUGCCUGCAUCCCCCGCGACCCCGCCGCCCCAGUUCUCGAGGCGGUUCAGGAGCUUCAGCCUGCGCACCGGCUCCUCGUACAGAUCGUCGCCGUCGUCGCUAAUGCGAAUGCGCAAGAAGUCCACAUCCACUGACGACGGGGAGGCGGCCGGGAUGGGGCCCAGAAACGGGAGCUUGGAUCUGGACGGGUCUCGAUCGAUGCGCAUGUGCGCCGAGAGAGAGUGUGGUGGGAAGGGAGGUCUGGGAGGUCUGCACAUGGACAAUGACUCGAAUGGCAAAGCCGCGGCCAGUAAAACCAUGGCGGCCCCAUCGCCCUCUUCCUUGUCGUCCUCCUCCACUUCGUCACCCCUGCCCCUCUCCCACUCGCUCUCCCAUUCGCGGAGGCCGACUAACCCGAUUCACUCAAUUAAUAACUCUAACCCCAGUGCCGUCCCAGGUCCUGCUGCUAGUCAUGGACCGUCGUCGCCAGUUAUCUCCACCAACAUCCCCUGCGAAAGCUUCUUUGAGGAAGAUGACUUAAGCAAACUCUCCUUUUCCAUCCGCGGUAGCCUCAUCUUCGGCGGCAAACGUCCGUGGAAGACAAGUGGCAGCACUAGCAGCGCCAAUCACCAUCAAAAGAUGGCCGAUAAGGCUGCGAUCCCAGACCAGUCGACCUCUACCAAUACCAAGAUCAACUCCAGCGCCAAUAACAAUAACAACAAAGCUCGUGUCUUCCCCCUCGUCCCCACCGCGUCGAAAAGGGAACAUGCCAAUCCAGCGCCUGCGCGCCCCCCGCGCGAAGAUGAUAUGGGCGUCGCCGCGAUCAUCCAAAAACCAUUUCAACUUCCCGAGUCGUCGCACGCCCAUCACCCCCAACAGCCGCCUAAUGCCGUGAGCGAUAACACAUCCACAUCCCAUAAGCCACCCCCCAGUAUUCGGGUCAUUUCUGCAGAGGCCGAGAAGGAAUCUCAAAAGGUGAGAUCUCUCUAUGAAUCCGGGGAAGUUCUCCCAUUCGGAGACGGUGACGUGCCUUCGCCAAUUGGUGAGGCAUUUGAGCCUCCCCAAGAAGUCCUGUCAGAUGUGGUUGGCAAUGACGCACCAAGCGACCAAAGACUUGGACACCCUACUCAAACGUCGGCUUCUACGUCCUCGCUAGCGCAACAAGGUAAUCGUGAACUAGCCGGCGGCAUUGAGGACUGGGAGGGGGUAGAUGGCCAAGAUGUCGAUCGCUACGGUUUUAUUGUGCCCCAUCGGCCAGAAUCAAGCUCACCGCCCAGCACUGCAACACCACCUGGCUCUUCGCCUAUCAGAUAUUCAUCUCGGAAGAACAGAAACGUACUGAUACGCAAGGAUGCCGCGUCGCUUUCGGUGGGCGCUAAGCGCGGCCCUACCAAGAAGUUCUCAGCGCGAUCUCUCAACACGCAUACCUCCGAGGUUUCUGCUAUGUCGCGCCGGUCCGUCCGAUCUACUAUUCGCCAGGCGACCAAUAAGCUUCCCCACAACAGAGAUAGGAGGUUGAUCGACGAGGCUGGCGAUCUACUUGCGCUGCAACCGGGACUCUCAAACAUCACCGAAGAUGAAGGGAUUGACAAGAUGAUAGCCGAGAUGAAACGCAAAGAGGGGAAACGCUCUGAGAAAUGGCGAAAGAUGGCUAAGAUAGUGAAACCUGGUUCCGAAGGACAGGGUACAAUCUUUCAUUUUGAUGCUAAGAACCCUAAGCUUAUAGAGCGCACUUGGAAGGGUAUACCGGAUUGCUGGAGAUCUGCGGCCUGGUAUUCGUUUUUGGCCUCGAGCGCGAAGGCUGAUCAAGUCAACUAUGUAUCUGAUGAGGAGCUCAUGGCCGCCUUCCGCCGUCUUGUUGACGAGCCAUCACCGGAUGACAUACAGAUCGACCUGGAUGUCCCUAGGACUAUCAACCAGCACAUCAUGUUUAGGAGGAGAUAUCGAGGCGGACAACGACUCUUAUUUCGGGUCUUGCAUGCCAUGUCCCUCUACUUUCCCGAUACUGGCUAUGUCCAGGGUAUGGCAACGUUAGCGGCGACCUUACUUAGCUACUAUGACGAGGAACAAUGCUUUAUCAUGCUUGUGCGACUUUGGCAGUUCCGUGGCCUCAACCGGAUAUAUCAAACCGGUUUUGUUGAACUCAUGGGCGCCCUAAAAGAUUUUGAAACGCAUUGGCUGAACGACAAGGAUGUGGCAGAAAAUUUGAAAGAGCUUUGCAUCGAUCCCACGGCCUAUGCUACUCGAUGGUACUUAACUCUAUUCAAUCUGUCAAUACCAUUUCCGGUUCAGCUUCGCGUUUGGGACGUCUUCAUGUUGCUCGGCUCCUCUCCUCCCGAGCAGCCGCUACCUACUCCAGGGACAGGCAAGGAGACGGAAAAUUAUCCCACAUCUAAGGGACUGGAGAUAUUACAUGCAACAAGUCUUGCCAUCAUCGACACGCUACAUUCGACACUUAUCGACUCCGACUUUGAAAACGCCAUGAAGUCUCUCACCUCGUGGGUCCCUAUUAAGGACGAGCAGAGGUUCCUGGAAGUCGUGAAAAUUGAAUGGAAGAAGCACCAGAGCAAACAGAAGAAAAAGGCAUAGGAUGCACCUUUUCACGCUCUGGCCCUUCCAUCAUUACACGAAUCUAAUUCAGAGAUUCUACGCCCACACUCUUCACGCACAACUAAGCCCAAG